UCUGUUGGAUUAACAACUCGGAGAAAUCGGAAACAACCCUCAUCAUUACGCUUCUGGCUCUUGAGCGUGUGAGUCGUCGCGCGCGGAUUACGCCCAGGAUAAUCGGACGUUGGACGACGGCAGCAGCGGCAGCACAGCAGCGUCCACCUCGGAUAUUGGCAUCUCCGGAUUCAGUCGAUUGGCUGCCCUCAAGGUGACAAGACACGCAACGCGCAGUGAACAACACUCAGUGAACACUCAGUGAACUCGAACUCUCAGUGAACGCCCAGUGCAUCCAAGACAAUAUACCCAAAGACCGAAAAAUGGUCAUGUUGCAAUCGCCGGCGCAAAAGGCCAGCGAUAGUGCGUCAGCCCAAAACACAGCCGUCGGUGGUCUGAUGAGUCCCAACUCGAACCCGGACUCGCCCAAGUCCAACACCUCUCCGGAUGUGGCGACUGUGGACAGUGUGGUGUCCGGCGCAGGAGAUGGCACCACUCCGCCAGCGGCCAAGAUACCCAAGUUCAUCAUCAGCGCCAAUGGCUCAGCAGUGGCGGGCAAACAGGAGCAGGAACUGAGGUACUCCCUCGAACGGCUAAAGCAAAUGAGUAGUGAUUCGGGCAGCUUGCUCAGCCGCUUGAGUCCCUUGCAGGAGGACUCCCAGGACAAGGAGAAGCCCAAUCACAACAACAAUAGCAGUCUAACUAACCACAACGCAAUCAGCAAUCCACGUCGCUCGCAAUCGCCUCCAGCUUCGGUGGGAUCCGUGAACUUCUCCUCCCCAGCCCAGCAGCGAAAGCUCCUGGAACUGAAUGCCGUUCGGCACUUGGCAAGGCCGGAGCCACUGCAGCAUCCACAUGCGGCCCUGCUGCAGCAGCAUCCCCACUUGCUGCAGAACCCGCAGUUCCUGGCCGCCGCCCAGCAGCACAUGCACCACCACCAGCAUCACCAGCACCCAGUCCAUCCGCACUCGCAUCAGCAUCCACAUCCUCAUCCGCAUCCGCAUCCCCAUCCGCAUCCACAUCCGUCGGCGGUCUUCCAUUUGAGGGCUCCCAGCAGCGGCAGCACCGCCCCACCCUCUCCGGCCACCUCGCCCCUGUCGCCGCCCACUUCCCCGGCCUUGCAUUCCGACCAGCAGAUGAGCCCACCCAUCGCUCCACCCCAAAAUCCGCCACAUUCCUCGCAGCCACCACAGCAGCAGCAGCAGCAGCAGGUUGCCGCACCAUCGGACAUGGAUCUCGAGCGGAUCAAGCUGGUGGCUGCGGUGGCAGCCCGCACCACUCAAGCUUCCAGCACCUCCGCCUUGGCGUCCGUUUCGAACUCCGUGUCCAACGCCAGCACCUCCAUCUCCAACUCCAGCUCCGGAUCGCCCAGUGGCCGGGACUUGAGCGACUACGGAUUCCGAAUACAGCUGGGCGGCCUGGCGGCGGCGGCAGCUGCUGCGGCGGCCACUUCGCGGCAGAUUGCGGCAGCCACAUACGCGAGGAGCGACUCCAGUGAGGAGCUCAACGUCGAUGGAAACGACGAGGACAGCAACGAUGGAUCGCACAGCACGCCGUCGGUCUGCCCAGUUGAUCUGACGCGAUCGGUGAACAGCAAUGCCACGGCGAAUCCGAGCUCGGCCUCCACGAGUGCCUCCAGUGAACGAGAUGCCGCCACAAAGCGGCUGGCCUUUUCCGUGGAGAACAUCCUGGAUCCGAACAAGUUCACGGGCAACAAGCUGCCAAGUGUUCCUUUCGGCCAUCCGAGGCAGUGGAGCUACGAGAGGGACGAGGAAAUGCAGGAGCGAUUGGAUGACGAUCAGAGCGAGGAUAUGUCUGCCCAGGAUCUGAAUGACAUGGAUCAGGACGAUAUGUGCGACGAUGGCAGCGAUAUCGACGAUCCCAGCAGCGAGACAGACUCCAAGAAGGGAGGCAGUCGUAAUGGGGAUGGAAAAUCCGGCGGUGGCGGCGGCGGAGGUGGUUCAAAGCCUCGACGCGCUCGCACCGCCUUCACAUACGAGCAACUAGUUUCCCUGGAGAACAAGUUCAAGACCACCCGAUAUCUCAGCGUCUGCGAGCGGCUGAACUUGGCCCUCAGCUUGAGCCUGACGGAGACGCAGGUUAAAAUCUGGUUCCAGAACCGCCGCACCAAGUGGAAGAAGCAGAACCCCGGCAUGGACGUGAACUCCCCCACCAUUCCCCCGCCCGGCGGCGGCUCCUUCGGACCGGGGGCGUAUGCCAGCGGACUCCUGUACUCGCACGCGGUGCCCUACCCGCCCUACGGCCCCUACUUCCACCCCCUGGGCGCCCACCACCUCAGCCACUCGCACUCAUAAAAUUGCAAGAUGCAACAGCGAUUGUUGCAACUGUUCGAAAAGCGAGGCAGGACGGAGGCGGGAGGGGCAGGUCCUGCGGCCGGAAGUGGAUCACUGGGUAAACCACUGGUGGAUCCCAAGGAUAAACUGUAAAUGUCAAACUGCUUGUGUGUGUUUAGUGUUCGGCCAGAGAUUUCUUUUGGUACUUUGAUUCCUCUGAUUAUCCGCUGUAUAUAGUUUUUGUAAAAUAUACCUACUAUGCUAGUGCUUAGAACCUCGAAUGCCAUAUCUAGAUUUAAAUUAUACAAUAACCUGUAGCGUUUAAGUGGCAAGCAAAAUCAAAAA